UCGUUCUUGCUUUUUAUUCCCUCCGGUAUUUGAGUCAACAUCUCCCAGAGGCAGGUUAGAGUGCUUGGUAAAAAGAAACAAAGCAAAAGCUCAAGCAGCGAAAAGGAUGAAAUUCUUGCUGGACCAGCUCCUGCUUCUGCCCUUACUGAUCUUUUUCACCUUAGAGUCUUUCCUGAAGCUUUUUAUUCCCAAGAAGAGGAAAUCGGUCGCCGGAGAAAUCGUCCUGAUUACUGGAGCUGGACAUGGACUUGGGAGACUGACUGCCUAUGAAUUUGCCAAACUUAAAUGCAAACUGGUUCUAUGGGAUAUAAAUAAGCAUGGAAUUGAAGAAACAGCCGCUGAAUGCAGGAGACUGGGCGCAAGGGCGCAUGCCUUCGUGGUGGACUGCAGCAACCGAGAAGAUAUUUACAGCACUGCGAAGAAGGUGAAGGCAGAAAUAGGAGAUGUUAGUAUUUUAGUAAAUAAUGCUGGUGUCGUCUACACAUCAGAUCUGUUUGCUACACAAGACCCUCAGAUUGAAAAGACUUUUGAAGUUAAUACACUUGCACAUUUCUGGACUGCAAAGGCAUUUCUUCCAGCGAUGAUGAAUAACAAUCAUGGCCAUAUUGUCACUGUGGCUUCAGCAGCCGGGCAUACUGUGGUCCCCUUCUUACUGGCUUAUUGUUCGAGCAAGUUUGCUGCUGUUGGAUUUCAUAGAGGUUUGACGGAAGAACUGGCUGCCUUAAAAAGAACCGGAGUCAAAACAACGUGUCUCUGCCCUAAUUUCAUAAACACUGGCUUCAUCAAAAACCCGAGUACCAGUUUGGGACCCACACUGGAACCUGAGGAAGUGGUAGUCAAGCUGAUAAAUGGGAUCCUGACUGAGCAGAAAAUGAUUUUUGUUCCAUCUUCCAUACGCUUUUUAACACUGCUGGAAAGGAUCUUUCCUGAGCGUUUCUUGGCAAUUUUAAAACGAAAGAUGGAUAUAAAGUUUGAUGCAGUGAUUGGAUAUAAAACUAAAGGAGAAUAAAUUCCUGGUUUUUUGGAAACUGAUUUACCAGGUUUAAGUUGAUUUCAUCUAACAUUAAUCAGAAUUUUAAUGUUUGGACUUCCGCUUUUCCUAACUAUCUUGUUUUCUUCAAUAUCCCCUUUUGAGGCUCUGGCAGUCCUCGUUUCUUACCACUUGCUCUUUAGCUGAAAGCUAACUUCAUAUGAUGCAAAGAGAGAAAUAUCUUAGGAAUUGGCCUUAUGGAAAAUGGAGAAGAACAACACGAACAGUUUUACAGUAAUUUCCAAGAUUUUGUGGUUCAUCUGAAGGCUUUGCAAAAUUUGUACUAUCAAUAUUUAAGACAUUUUUAUGUUUAAUUACACUUAAAUUUUAUGUAAUUUACAUGUUUCCUUUUCUAUUCUACAUGAAACAGAAACUUCAAGCUCUCUAAAUAUAAUGAAGGACUGAAUCUAGUGGCAUUACCAUGCAUUUCAUGAGAUGUAAGAAAUGUCGCUUAAACAUUUCAUCCUACACAUUACAUGUGUUUUCUGAGACAUACCUCACAUUUCAAUGCCAAAUGUUUCAGCACAAGGAAACUAGAGAUGGACAUGUGUUGCAAAUAUAAAAGAAUCAUUGGGAUUUGAGGCAGAGAAUUGGGAAAUGUACCCAUAAAUGGCAACAAUAAUAAAUGGAUUGAACUUAAA